AUGUCUUGCUACGACCUGGUCUCCAGCUCUGCCUGCGGCGUUGCUCGCCCCCAGCCUCUCGCUGACACCUGCAAUGAGCCAUGUGUCCGCCAGUGCCCUGAUACCACCACUGUGAUCCAGCCACCUCCAGUGGUCGUCACCUUCCCCGGCCCCAUCCUCAGCUCUUUCCCCCAGGAUUCAGUUGUGGGAUCCUCUGGAGCACCCUUCGUUGGGGGCUAUGGAGGCCUGGGAGGCUAUGGCUCACUUGGCUAUGGGGGCUAUGGAUAUGGGGGCUAUGGCUCCCUGGGCUAUGGAGGUCUCUAUGGCUAUGGGGGCUAUGGGUCCCUGGGCUAUGGUGGUCUGUAUGGAUAUGGGGGGUAUGGCUCCCUAGGCUACGGUGGUCUGUAUGGCUGUGGGGGCUCUCUGGGUUACGGGGGUCUGUAUGGCUAUGGUAGACUCUAUGGAUCUGGCUACUCCAGCCCUUACUCCUACUGGCACAACAGGUACCUCCGUGGCAACUGUGGCUUCUGGUAA